AUGGGGCAAGCUCCAAGCGGCGACACUUGCUGCUCGCCGUGCGAGCCGAAACAGAAGGCGGAGGUAGAGCAGGUUACACACCGGCCUGCGUCUGUGUUUCAGGAGUCGAGCGAUGCCGGCCUGCAGGACAUACAGCUGGAGGAAGUGCCCGUGGACGCGCACGGCUCGACCAAAACACUGGACCUCACCCUAACGGACCGCCAGCUGCUGCGGGGGAUCCCUUUCUGCCAGACACUCUGGUGGGGCGGUCGAGUCUGGAGGCACCCGCCCGACGCACUGAGCGUCUCGGAGCGCUCUCAGCUCUAUGCCUCGUCCAGGCCGGUAGAAGGACUGGACCGGUUCCUCUCUCACACUUGGCUUACGCCGGGAUGGCGAAAGGUCCUGUCUUUGCUCCUCAGCAGUGGCUGGCCUUGCAUGCUUGCCGGUUGGGUGCUGGGAGUUACCCUUUCGAUGGUGCUCUGCAUGCUGGAGGUGCUGCCUCUCACCUUUGAAACGGAAGGCACUGCGAUCGGGUUCUCGGGCGUCAUUCCAAUGAGCUACUGGGUCUCGCUCUUCGGGACCUCGGCGGCCUUGGUGGGAUUGUUCGUCUCUCCCUAUCUGCCGUGCCGCAAGCGAGACAUGUGCUUUGUUGAUGUAGCAUGCAUCCACCAGGGGGACCAACGCUUGAUGCAGCAGGGCAUCAACAACCUCGGAACUUUUCUGGAAGCAUCCGAAGAGUUGCACGUGCUUUGGGACACGCCCCUGUUCUCGCGCCUCUGGUGUGUAUUUGAGCUCGCGGCCUUUAGCAAGUUGAACCCGAAGGGCAAGAUUACCAUAGCCCCUAUCUACGUGGAGGCGGUAGCUUCUCAGCUCUUCUUGAUUCUCUUCGCCAUGAGUGGCCUGGCGCUACUCCUGAGAAUUCGAGUUGCAAGCCAAGAGUUCUUGCUGCUUACCUUGGCCUCCUGCGCCCUGAUGUUGGCUCCGAUGCUGCAUUCCUUGCGGGGCAAGUGCCGCUGGAAAGUGGAGCUGGACGACGUUCUGGCAAACUUUGAUGUUUUAAAUGUGGACUGCACCAUGGAGGUUGACAAAGCUAACAUCCACGCCGCCAUUGAGCAGUGGUACGGCAGCCUCCCUGCGUUUUCCGAGUUCGUCCAGGGCCUCGUCCGUGUGAGGGCACGCGAGCUGACCCGGACCCCUGGCCGCAUGCCCUUGGGCUACAUCUACAUGCUGGCAGCUCCCAGCGCGAACUGGUCGCUCGAUGUCUGGCUCGGCCUCUGGAAAGCAGGUGCCCCCUCCGAGGGCCUUGUGGCCUGGCUCGUUGGGGGCUUCAUCGCCUUUACCCUGAUUUGGUUUCCCGCAGUGAUCGUGCUCGUGGUCUUCGCCUGCGAGCGCUGGGCGCAACGUCGGUCCAGCAGAUUGAGGGACUGCCUCCAGACCUUGGUGAUCUACCUCUUGACCUUCGCUGCAUUCCUUGUCGGAGCCGUGGGCGCCAAUCGUGCAUGCAACUGG